CAGACGAAUUUUUUAUCUGUCUCAAAUGUGAAAAACCGAAUACACGAGGCAUUUCAGUGUUUAAGUACUUUGGUCAAAUUUGUCUCCAUUUGUUUUCACUAUGACGAGCAAUUCCAAAUCCACCGCUUUUAUUUCAUGUCGAGGAACUCAUGGGGUUCAAGUAUUUGAUGGGUCUCUAUUUCAACCUGUUGAAGGUUUUAAACAUGAAUCCAGCAAAACAUGCAGGCUGGCAGUGUGGAGCAUGGAUGGAAAAUACCUAGCAUGGGCUAAUGGAGUGAUGGUGAAUGUUGUUGAAACCUCAACAUGGAGCUUAUUGGCUCAAUUUGAAAAGCCUAAAACUUCAGGAUUACAGUUUUCUCCAAAGGGAAAUUAUCUUAUGACGUGGGAGCCAUAUCAAGUUACAAAGGAUAUUCCUGUCAAUACGCCAAACCUGAAUAUUUGGAAUCUUAAGACCAAGCAGUCUGUAAAAUCCUAUGUUCAAAAAAAUCAUUCUAAAUGGGAGCCAUCCUGGAGCAAGGAUGAAAAACUUUUAGCGCGCAAUCUAAAUCUUGAGCUUCAAGUAUAUGAAGUUGACAAAAUGGAUUCCAUCAACCAGAGGUCGGAGUCAACGAUGAAAAUUGCUGACUUUUCAAUGUCACCACUCUGUGCCCCUUAUUUCUUCCUUUGUUACGUUCAAGGGACGAAAGGCCAGCCUUCAUUUGCCAAGUUGUUCAAAUAUCCAAGUCUCAACGCAAGCGGCUUAAUUGCUUCCAAGAGUUUUUUUCAAGGCGAUCGAGUUGACAUGAAGUGGAAUAAACCAGGCAAUUGCGUAUUGUUGAUGACUUCAACCGAUGUCGACUCUACAGGUGCCUCGUACUACGGAAAACAGACCUUACACUUUCUUGAUGUAAAAGGCACAUCAGCAAUGGUCCAGCUAUCCAAAGACGGACCGAUAUAUUCGGUUGAAUGGAAUCCGAAAGGCAACGAGUUUUGCGUCAUUUACGGAUUCAUGCCAGCGAAAGCGACCUUAUUCGAUUUGAAGUGCGAGCCAAAGUUUGACUUUGGGACUGGCCCACGCAAUUCAGGCUUUUUUAACCCUUUAGGAAACAUGCUUCUUCUUGGUGGUUUCGGCAAUCUUCAGGGCAAGAUAGAAAUUUGGGACGUAGAGUCGUUUAAGCUUAUAACACCCAUGGAUGCGCCUGACACAACCCAUUUGCAAUGGAGUCCAGAUGGACAACACUUUAUGACUUCUACAACUGCUCCAAGACUUCGGGUGAGCAACGGUUUUAAGAUUUGGCACUAUAGCGGUGGAUUGCUAUUUGAACACAACAUCGAGCCACCCAAUGAGCUUUGGGAAGCAAUGUGGCAGCCUGUACCAGAUAGUGACCUGAAAGAAUUUAAGAUUUCAAACAAAAAAGUUUUGGGCAUUAAACCGUCCCAACCUCAAGUCUCGAAGGAACUUUACCGUCCUCCUGGUGCUCGAGGAACAAGCGCUAUUCUAAAAUUUUUGGAAGAAAGAGAACCUCCGUCGAACCCUAGGGCCGCGAAGCCUAUUGGAGUAGCACCGAAUAAGACAAAACCAAACGUACGCCACGAACGAAAGAUGAAGAAAGCAGCAGCUGCAGAAAAAGCAAAAGAGUUACCUUCCGAAAACCUCCCUGGCGUAGAAAUAACAGUUAACUCAAGUGUCCACCUAGAACUCACUGGAGACGAGACAGUCGACAAAAAAUUGAGGGAUCUUAAAAAGAAGCUCGAUCAGAUUGCCCAACUGAAAGCUCAGCAAUCUGCUGGAAAAAAAUUGGAAUUGAAUCAACUGGAUAAAAUGAAGAAAGAAAACGAUUUCUUGAAGGAAUUCAUGGAAUUAUCUUUGAAGAAGAAGUAAGGUUUCAUUGACGGCGUUGCGAUGAAACUCGCCUAAAUUUUAUCAUUGCAAAUCUUUGUCUGUGAAAUGAAGAAAUUGAUAAUAAAAUUAA